AUGUCGGAAGCUACUGCAAAUGCUAUUGCACCACAAGGCGAGGAAACUCCACCUGUUGAAUCAUCAACGACGGUAUCAUCUGCAGAGAAUGAUCAAAAAGUCGUUAAAAAUGUUAGUCCCGAACCAGAACCAAAUUCAGAACCAAAUUCAGAACCAGAAUCGGAAUCAGAAUUACCACAAUCGAGCAAAGAUUCUACAAAAUCAAGCGAGGAAAAUGCCGCCGUUCCACCAGCUUCUGCUAUAGACGGUGGACGUGAAACAUCAAAUAGAAUUUUAUAUGUCGGCAAUUUGCCGAAAUUGGCGUCGGAAGAGCAAAUCAGCGAACUUUUCUCGAUAUCUAAUCCUAUCAAGUCUAUUAAACUAUUAAAUGACAAGAACAAACUCGGGUACAACUAUGCCUUUAUUGAAUAUGACGAUGUUCAAGAUGCAGAGGUGGCAUUAAAUACAUUAAAUGGGAAACUAGUACACAACUCUGAAAUCAGAGUGAACUGGGCUUACCAAUCGGCUGCAAUCACUGGCAGCAGCACUGCUGAGGAGCCCACAUUUAAUAUAUUUGUUGGUGAUUUGAGCUCGGAAGUAAAUGACGAGGCAUUGAAAAAGGCGUUUAGCAAAUUUGGCUCUAUGAAGCAGGCACACGUUAUGUGGGAUAUGCAGACUUCUAGGUCUCGAGGAUACGGGUUUGUCACAUUCACGAACCAGGAAGACGCUGAGUCGGCGCUUCGAUCGAUGAAUGGAGAGCGGAUUGGCGGCAGAGCCAUAAGGUGUAAUUGGGCAUCCCACAAGCAAGCCCAUAAUUCUAAUCACACAACAAAUCAGUUUGGUCAGCAACAAUAUGGGAAUAAUAAUAGUAAUAACAAUAAUCAUAAUAGUAAUAACAAUAAUCCUAACAGUAAUAACGGGUACAGGAAUCAAAAUGGGCACAGUAACUAUCGUCAAUAUAGGCCAUAUAUGAACAAUAAUAACAACAAUAAUAACAAUAACAAUAUUUACCCACAGGAUACUACUACCAUCACCACCACCACCACUAAUAAUAAUAAUAAUAAUAAUAAUAAUAAUAAUAAUAAUAAUAAUAACAACAAUAAUAAUAAUAGUAACCGAAAUUACAGCAACAACAAUCACUUUGCAAACCAGGUCAUUAGUAAUAAUCAGUAUCCUCCUCAGCCAAGUAGUCAGCAACCAAACACGGGACUAAGCGGUGUAAUGCUCCACAAUUUUGGUUCAAAUAGUAGUCUCACACAAGUUGCACCUCCGGCUCAAUUGAGUCCCGCUACUAAUGGAUCACAACUAGGCAACGGUAUAACUCUGAUGUCGCCGCAAUCAUACGAUAUCGUAUUGAGACAGACCCCAUCCUGGCAAACAACUGUAUACUUGGGCAACAUAGCCCAUUUCACUCAGCAACAAGAUAUAAUCCCAUUGCUACAAAAUUUCGGAUUCAUUGUUGAUUUCAAAUUCCACCCGGAAAAAGGUUGUGCUUUUGUUAAAUACGACUCACACGAGAGAGCCGCGUUGGCUAUAUUACAAUUGGCGGGGUUCAAUUGGAAUGGAAGACCGUUAAAGUGUGGCUGGGGUAAAGCACCACCUUAUCCGAAAACCAGAGGAAUUCUCCAACUGAAUCCUGUUUAUAGACAAGGCCGUCCUUGA